AUGCCGACCAAAUAUGAUCCUGACGAUUGCAAUGGGUUUUUCGCACUUUACAAUGAUCAAUAUAUACAAGAAUAUUGUCCACCUGGUGCCAAGUACAGUGUAGCCUUAAGUUGUUGUGUAAUUGGACGUUGUCCUCCUUGUAAUUGUGAAGGCAUAGAAACAACAACGGCGCCAACGUCUACUAGUGUAAGUCAUCCAACAAUAACUGACAUUACCAACAAGCAAACAACUCAAACUACAACGGAAGGAACUACACUUGUUACCUCAAAUGAAACGACCAUAGUUACCCAUGUAACCACUGACAUAACAACAGAGACGGAUAGUACAAUAUUUACAACAGAGGUAUCCAGUGAAGCACCAACGAGUGAAGAGUCUUCGACGACUUCAAAUCGAACGGAGAAAACAACCACUGAGCAAACAGAUGAGCCAAUUGAAACUACAACAGAAGGAACUACACUUGUUACCUCAAAUGAAACGACCACAGUUGCCCAUGUAACCACUGACAUAACAACAGAGACGGAGAGUACAAUAUUUACAACAGAGGUAUCCAGUGAAGCACCAACGAGUGAAGAGUCUUCGACGACUUCAAAUCGAACGGAGAAAACAACCACUGAGCAAACAGAUGAGCCAAUUGAAACUACAACAGAAGGAACUACACUUGUUACCUCAAAUGAAACGACCACAGUUGCCCAUGUAACCACUGACAUAACAACAGAGACGGAGAGUACAAUAUUUACAACAGAGGUAUCCAGUGAAGCACCAACGAGUGAAGAGUCUUCGACGACUUCAAAUCGAACGGAGAAAACAACCACUGAGCAAACAGAUGAGCCAAUUGAAACUACAACAGAAGGAACUACACUUGUUACCUCAAAUGAAACGACCACAGUUGCCCAUGUAACCACUGACAUAACAACAGAGACGGAGAGUACAAUAUUUACAACAGAGGUAUCCAGUGAAGCACCAACGAGUGAAGAGUCUUCGACGACUUCAAAUCGAACGGAGAAAACAACCACUGAGCAAACAGAUAAGCCAAUUGAAACUACAACAGAAGAAUCUUCUUCAACUAAAACCACUUCCUCAUUGUUGACUUCAACAAGCAAGAAAACAACCACUGAGCAAACAGAUGAGCCAAUUGAAACUACAACAGAAAAAUCUUCUUCAACUAAAACCACUUCCUCAUUGUUGACUUCAACAAGCAAGAAAACAACCACUGAGCAAACAGAUGAGCCAAUUGAAACUACAACAGAAGAAUCUUCUUCAACUAAAACCACUUCCUCAUUGUCGACUUCAACUCCGACCGAAACAUCUAAGGGAACAACCGCUAUAACACCACAAUCAUGUGCAACCUUGCCGACAGGCACUUUCCUACCUGAUCCAGAUCAUUGCAGUCGUUACUAUGUUUGCACUUUUGGUCAGGCUACCUUGAUGCAUUGUCCAUCCCCACUUUGGUUCGAUCCAAGGUUAAAUGUGUGCAACUAUAGAGAAAAUGUAAUAUGUGCUGCGAAUAAGGACUGA